AUGAUUUAAACUAAUGAGUCGAACUCAUUUUUGGAUUUUUAGGAGAUGGAAUAAGAAUCAGAACCUCGAACAUCAAAAAAGGUUAGAAAAAACCCUAUACAAAAUGAUGAAGAUUCUUGGGAAGAAGAUUUCUAAUAUAUAUCUCAAUUUAGAAGUAGCUUUAAAACAAGAGGAAAGCAAGUCUCAUUAAAAGAAGUUUAUUUAGAAUAAAUAGAAAACGAUCCUAUAUUUUGGAAAUGUGUUCCUCAUCCAAAAUUAUUAGAAUACUUAGAGAUUCAUCAUUAUAAUGAUAUUUACGAUUAUGUCAAAUAUUGCAAUAAAAAGGGUCUCUUGCUAGAUUAACCAAUCAAAAAAUUCUUUUAGGAGCCAUUCGAAAUCCCCAAAUAUAACUAUUAUUAAAUGAAAGAAAUUCACGAGAAAAAUUAUACUCAGAGAUGCAUAGAAAGUUUGGUUGAUGAAGUUAAGAAGUUGAAAAUAUCCAAAGUGUCUGAAUUUCCAAAGACCAAUAAUGGAAAUAUAAUUAAAUUUUAUGAUUCAGAAGCAUUAAAAGAAUAAUAUCAAAGAUAAGAAUAGAUUAAAAAUAAGUAAAGAGAGUUAGGGAGAUAGAUUAAAGAGAGAAAAUUAUAAAAUGAUCUUAAAGCAUAAGAACUUAAACCAAUUUAUGAAGAAUUUCCACUUGAUCAACCAAUAAAUGAAGAAACAAUUAAAACUUGUAUAUUGGAAUUCAUCAAAUUCAAUUUUUCCAUCGUCUAAUAAUUUGAACCUAUAAAAAGAUUGAAAGAUCAAAGUUAUGAUGAAGACAUCGAUUAUGAUUUUCUAUCAGAGGAUUCUUUGCAAGAGAUUUGUUCCACACAUCCUCGAGAAAGGAAGAACUUUUACACAAUAAAUUUCGCCAAAAGGGUUCAAGUGAUCUAGGUUGUAAAUCUUUUCAGUUUUUAGAAGGAUGAAACUGUAGUUUGA